GCCGAUCCAGUUCCAGUUCCACACACCUCCUCUCCGGCGAGCGAGAAGAGAUGGCGGCGGUGCAGGUCGCGUACGCGCUCUCCGUGCCGCUCCUCUCGGUGCUGCUCGGCGGGGCAGUCGCGCUCGUCUUCCUCGCCGGCUACCUGCGCCGCAAGCGCGCCGACAUCGCGCACGUGCCCCCCUCCGCCGUCGCCGCCGCCCCGGACCUGCCCAAGCAGGUCCGCCCCGCCGCCCAGAACAAGAAGGGACGGCCCCAGCACCACCACGCCUCCGCCGCCGACAAGGAGGCGGCCAAGAAGCACCACCGCCUCGACCUCAACACCCUCAGGGGACACACCGACUGCGUCACUGCGCUUGACUUCUCCAGCGACGCCUGCAACCUAGCCACCGUAUGCGCGGAUGGGGUUGUGAGAGUAUUCAGGAUCGAUGAUGCGUCAAGCAAGAGCUUUAAGAUUCUGAAGAUAAACUUGCCUGCUGGGGCACAUCCCACUGCCAUCGCUUACUCAGAAGGGUCAUCAUCCGUUGUUGUGGCAGCACAGGCGCUGUUAGGCUCGUCGCUCUACAUGUAUGCGGAUGUUGGUGCUCCUCCAACUGGGGGAAACAAACAGCAGGGCAAGCUUUCUCCUCCUGAGAUCAAGUGGGAUCACAAAAAGAUUCAUGGCAAGGAAUCAGUGCUGAACCUUGCGGCAGCUCGUGCGACUCAUGGGACUGGUGAUGGGAGCACAAUAGUGAUUUCUUGCUCUGAAGCAACUGAUAUCAAAAUAUGGCAUGGAAAGAGUGGCAAAGAGUUGGGAACAGUUGACACUAAUCAGUUAAAAAACAAUAUGGCUGACAUAUCCCCAAAUGGCCGCUUCAUUGCUGCUGCAGCUUUCACAGCUGAUGUUAAGGUGUGGGAGAUUGUUUAUUCGAAGGAUAGUUCAGUGAAGGAGGUUAACAGGGUUAUGCAACUCAAGGGUCACAAGAGUGCUGUUACUAGUUUGUGUUUCACUCCGGAUUCUGAGAAGAUUAUUACUGCAUCAAAAGAUGGUACCAUUCGAGUAUGGAAUAUCAAUGUAAGGUAUCACCUUGACGAGGAUCCCAAAACCUUGAGAGUAUUGCCAGUCCCUCUGCAUGAUUCGAAAGGCUCUACUUGCCUGUAUGAACACAUGGGCAUCUCCCCAGAUGGUAUAGUUCUGGCUGUGACAAGUGGAUCGACGUUGCAAUGGCUAUGUGCAGAAACUGGUGUGGUUUUGGAUACAGCCGAGAAGGCUCAUGAAGGUGCUAUUUCUGGCAUUGCUUGGGCUCCACGGACUAUUCCAAAUGGUGGUGCUCCUGCUUUUGUGUUAGCAAGUUGUGGGGACGACAAAAAGGUGAAACUGUGGUUAGCUCCUGAGGUCAGUUCGACAUAAGCAUCUCGAUGGUGUCCUGCUCAUCCUCUACAAGAUAGGGAACAAAAAGAAACAAGGGCAGAGGUUAUCGCGGUUUGGUUCCCUUGAGAGUAGCCGUGAGCUCUUACUGGCGAGAGUUGUCAAACAUAGCGAGAGUUACAGAAAAAGAGAUAGCAUUGUACUAUAGUUUCUCUGUGAAUCUGUUGUUUUCUGGAAGUAACUUAAAAGUUUUUCUGGGGAUGGUUUCGAAUCCGUGCGACUAUGUGCUAAUGCUCAAGCCCCAUAGUUUCUGCGGAAUGCCUUCAUGCUUUCGAAAUGUUACAUUUUGAUGGACAGAAUGACUAAAUUAUGGAGGAAACGAAUGUUUUGGGAAUGUCAAA